CGGUUUUUCUCUGACAACAUAAAAACCAAAUCCACUUUGGAAACCCCUCUUGCGAUAAUCAUUUCCAACACACUUUUGGCAAAUCCACUCUUUUCCCCGCCAUUCACUUCGCAAUUCUCUUCCAAAUCUAUCCCUCUAGGGCUCACACACUCCUCCUUUCUCUCUCUCUCUCUCAAUCCAAACCCUAAUUCCUCUCAAUUCGUCCUCAGAUUUCUCCCUUUUCACCCUUCAUGCUCCUCCUGUGACAAUUCAAUGAGUUUUCCCUUUCCUCCCGGCGUCGUUGCGGCCUCCGGCCACCGUGGCAUCGGCCUCUCCAACACCAUCCACUCCGAGGUCGCCUCCUACCUUCCGCUGCCGCUGCUCCCGGUUUGGUGCGGCGCCACCGUCCAGGACCCUCCCCUUGUCGAGUCGCCCGAGCGCCUCAACCAUGUCGACGUGCUCUCGCAGUCCGGCAAGAUCGCCGAGCUGCUCCGCCGCGCUGAUAUGUCCUACUUGAAAUUAACAGAUGACGCCAAAGUUGUUCCGAACAAGGAUGAUGAUGAGCCUCCUUUAGAACUUCACGAUGAAGUUCUGAGGUGUUAUCCUGAAGCAUUUGAUUACGAUUACAGUGCUGCAGGUCCUGUCAAGGAGCAGAUCUCUGGUAGUGCAUUACCUGAAAAGAGGCAGUCUGAAUCAAGUCUUCCUAUCCAAAGUCAGAUUCCAAAAGACUACAAUCCAACACAUACACACCAGCUUGAUAAUGUUUCCACAAAUGAUAUUUCUACAUUAUCUUCUAAAAAAUCAAAAGUCAAAAAGAAAAGUGGCGAUGGAAUAUCUAUAGCACCUGAUUCUGCUGAGCUUCAAGGUGCCCACAUUGAAAGGUUUUAUGAGUUUUUGGAGGACUUGUGCAACAAAUCUGAAUUUCAUGGUGAUGAUCGAGAUGAAGCAGAAUGGUUGCCAUUGCCUCUUUCAGAUCUUAGAUUACUUGUCAAUGAAAUAACAUCUAUAUGUGAAAAGAAACUUCUGCAUUUGGUUCCUGUAGAAGUUCUUGUUAGAUUAUUAACAGUUCUAGAUCAUCAGAUACAUAGAGCAGAAGGCCUGUCAAUUGAGGAAUGUGAUAAUUCGGAUUCGGAGUUAGUUUCUUCUGUUUUAAUUGCGUUAGAGUCCAUUCAUGCUGCACUAGCAGUGAUGGCUCAUACGGAUAUGCCAAAGCAACUUUAUAAAGAAGAGAUCAUUGAGAGAAUUCUGGAGUUUUCCAGGCAUCAGAUAAUGGAUGUUAUGUGUGCAUGUGAUCCAUCAUACCGUGCGUUACAUAGACCUAGUGAAAACACUGCAUUUGAAGUUGAUGAUUAUGAAGAAAAUGAUGCUGAAUUUGGUUCAGCUAGCAAGAAACGGCGAACUAGUAAGGCUUCAAAGUCGAAGAAAUCAGCAUCGAGCAGGCUCUCUACUGCUGUGAAUACUAUUCUUCAGAAGUUGUGCACUGUUCUUGGACUACUGAAGGAUUUGUUGUUAAUAGAGAGGUUAUCAGAUAGUUGCAUACUACAACUUGUAAAAACAAGCAUUACAACAUUUUUGGUUGAUAAUAUCCAGCUUUUGCAAUUGAAGGCAAUCAGUUUACUCAGUGCGAUAUUCUAUUUGUACACACAACAUCGCACUUAUGUGAUAGAUGAAGUGGUUCAGCUUUUAUGGAAGUUACCGUUUUCAAAACGAGCUUUAAGAUCUUAUCACAUUCGUGAAGAAGAGCAAAGGCAGAUCCAAAUGGUUACUGCUUUGCUUAUUCAGUUGAUUCAUUGCAGUGCUAACCUUCCUGAUGCCUUAAGAAAAGCAUCAAAUGGUAAUGCUGUAUUAGAAGCCUCGGUUGAUGCUAGUUAUCCAACUAAAUGCCAUGAGGCAACGACAGAAGCCUGCUGUCUAUUUUGGAGCCGUGUACUUCAGCGUUUUGCAAGUGUGAAGACUCAGGAUGCUUCGGAGCUGAAAACCAUAAUAGAGAAUCUUGUUACGGAUUUACUGACCACUCUAAAUUUACCUGAAUAUCCUGCUUCAGCUCCUAUUCUAGAGGUUCUCUGUGUUCUACUACUUCAGAAUGCUGGGCCGAAAUCUAAGGACGUCUCUGUUCGUUCCAUGGCGAUUGAUAUUCUUGGUACAAUUGCUGCAAGGUUGAAGCGUGAUGCUUUGGUUUGUAGCCAGGAAAAGUUCUGGAUUCUUCAGGAUUUACCUAGUCAGGAUGCUGCUACCCAGCAUCUUCCAAACGAUGCCUGUUGUGUCUGUUUGGGGGGAAGGGUAGAAAAUUUGUUCAUAUGUCAUGAUUGCCAGAGGCUUUUUCAUGCUGAUUGCCUGGGAAUUAAAGAACAUGAAGUUUCCAGUCGAAACUGGUCCUGCCAGACAUGCAUCUGUCAUAAGCAACUACUUGUAUUACAAUCAUGUUGCAAUUCUCAGAGCAAGAAUGAUGUUAAAAAAAAUCGCAAUGUGUCAAAAAAAACUGAAAUUCCUAAGCAUGAGAUUGUUCAACAGUUUCUUUUGAAUUUCCUUCAAGAUGCCACCUCUGCUGAUGAUCUGCAUCUUUUCAUUUGCUGGUUUUAUCUGUGCUUGUGGUACAAAGAUGAUUCAAAUUGUCAGCAAAAGUCCAUUUACUACAUUACCAGAAUGAAAUCAAAAAUCAUAGUACGGGAUUCUGGUACUGUGUCUUCAAUGUUGACACGGGAUUCAAUCAAGAAGAUUACUUUAGCUUUGGGCCAAAACAGUUCAUUUUGCCGAGGAUUUGAUAAGAUUAUUCACACGCUUCUGACAAGCAUGAGGGAGAACUCUCCAGUUAUUAGGGCUAAGGCUUUAAAAGCAAUUAGUAUCAUUGUAGAGGCUGAUCCAGAGGUAUUGGGUGAUAAGCGAAUACAAUCAGCUGUUGAAGGAAGGUUUUGUGAUUCUGCUAUAUCUGUUAGAGAAGCAGCAUUGGAACUUGUUGGUAGGCAUAUUGCUUCACAUCCAGAUGUGGGUUUUAAGUAUUUCGAGAAGAUUGCUGAGAGAAUCAAAGAUACUGGACUAAGUGUUCGAAAACGAGCUAUAAAAAUCAUUCGAGAUAUGUGCACUUCAAAUGCCAACUUCUCUGGCUUUACAAGAGCAUGCAUAGAGAUCAUUUCACGUGUCAGUGAUGAUGAAGCAAGCAUCCAGGACCUUGUUUGCAAAACAUUUAAUGAGUUCUGGUUUGAGGAGCCUCCUGCGUUGCAAACUCAGGUCUUUGGGGAUGGCAGUACUGUUCCACUUGAGAUAGUUAAGAAAACAGAGCAAAUUGUUGAAAUGUUGAGAGAAAUGCGCAAUAAUCAACCUGUUAUACCCAUUAAUCAGCUUCUUGUAACUGUAAUAAAGCGCAAUUUGUCACUUGAUUUUUUGCCACAAUCUGCAAAAGCCAUUGGGGUCAACCCAGGGUCCCUUGCAACAGUGCGGAAGCGUUGUGAGAUGAUGUGCAAAUGCUUGCUGGAGAAGAUAUUGCAGGUUGAUGAAAUGAACAGUGAUGAAGUUGAAGUGCGUGCACUUCCGUAUGUGUUAGUCUUGCAUGCAUUUUGUCUUGUGGACCCAACUCUCUGUGCACCAGCUUCAAACCCAUCUCAAUUUGUUGUUACUUUGCAGCCAUAUUUGAAGACUCAGGUUGACAAUCGCAUGGUUGCGCAGCUACUUGAGAGUAUACUAUUCAUAAUUGAUGCUGUGCUGCCCCUGCUUGGGAAGUUACCUCCAAGUAUUGUUGGGGAACUUGAGCAAGACUUGAAACUGAUGAUUGUCCGGCAUUCUUUCUUGACAGUUGUCCAUGCCUGUAUCAAGUGCCUCUGUUCUGUGAGUAAGAUGGCUGGAAAAGGGGCUGCUGUAGUUGAACAACUUAUUCAAUACUUCUUCAAAUGUUUGGAUACUCAAGCAGUUGAUAACAAGCAGAAAGUUGGACGAUCUCUCUUCUGUCUUGGGUUGCUUUUCCGUUAUGGAAAUCAAUUGUUAGCAAGUACCAGUAAUAAACUUAUUGAUGUUGGAAGCAGUUUAAGAUUGUUUUUGAAGUAUCUCUCUAUGGAGGAUUUUGUCAUCAAGGUUAGAUCAUUGCAGGCACUAGGGUUUGUUCUCAUUGCCAGGCCUGAAUAUAUGUUGGAAAAUGAUGUUGGAAAAAUAAUGGAGGAAACAUUAUCCUCUGCUGCUGAUACUCGACUUAAGAUUCAAGGAUUGCAAAAUAUGUUUGAGUAUCUUCUAGAUGCUGAAAGCCAAAUAGGAACAGAUAAAGAGGAUGGAAAUGUUGCCAAUUACUCUGUAGGAGCUGGGCAGAUUGUACCUGUUGCUGCUGGUGCCGGGGAUACAAACAUAUGUGGGGGUAUAAUUCAGUUGUAUUGGGAUAAUAUUUUGGGCAGGUGUUUGGAUUUCUGUGAACAAGUUCGUCAAUCAGCCCUGAAGAUAGUUGAAGUUGUGCUGCGCCAAGGUCUUGUUCAUCCAAUCACCUGUGUUCCAUACCUUAUAGCACUUGAAACAGAUCCUCUGGAGUCAAAUUCAAAGUUGGCUCAUCAUCUUCUGAUGAAUAUGAAUGAAAAGUACCCUGCAUUUUUUGAAAGCCGCUUGGGUGAUGGACUUCAAAUGUCAUUUAUGUUUAUGCAAUCUAUUUGUGGCAGUUCUGAAAAUUUUGAUCAUAGGAUCCAAUCUAAAAUCCCUAUUUCUGGAAAAGGGAAGCCUGAUGCUGGGUUACUUGCACAAGCUAAACUUGGGGUUUCUCGAAUAUACAAGCUCAUUCGAGGGAACCGGGUAUCAAGGAACAAAUUUUUGUCCUCGAUUGUGCGAAAGUUUGAUAAUCCAAGAUGGAAUAAAUUAGUAAUAGCUUUUUUAACAUACUGUACUGAAGUCCUAGCAUUGCUGCCAUUCAUUUCGCCUGAUGAGCCUCUUUAUUUAAUCUAUGCUAUCAAUCGAAUAGUUCAAGUAAGGGAAGGGCCACUAGAAGCGAACUUUAAAGCCUGGUGUUCAAGCAUUUUACGUUAUAGCACACCUUAUGGGAAUGGAAUGUGUCAACAGGGGCCAGAGGAGCCUACUGUUAACACCCAAGUAAUGUCAGUGGAUUUGAAUGGAACAUUUCAGCAAAAUGUAGAUGCUCAGCCCAAUUCCAAUGAUAUGAGAUCACUAGAUUUAAAUGGAUCAAAUCAUCAACUGCCUGAAGCAAAUUUACAUGCUGUGGGUUUCACAGAUUCUGUUUCCUUCUCGAAAGAUGAUCUGGAGAAAGUUCAGGCCGAUUGUUUAUCAGCAAUUGCAUUGCAGCUUCUUUUGAAGCUUAAAAGACACCUGAAAAUCAUGUACAGUCUUGACGAUGCCCGUUGUCAGGCUUAUUCUCCUAAUGAACAACCAAAACCUGGAGAAGUUAUCUCCAGGCAGAAUAUUGCUUUAAAUAUUGAUGAAUCUCAGUUCAGUUUGCCUACGAAUCCGCAAGAAUUGGUUCAAAGAUAUCAGGAAUUUAAACAUGCUUUGAGGGAAGACACUAUGGAUUAUAGGCUUUACACUGCAAAUAUAAAACGAAAGCGACCUACAACUACACCAAGAAAAGUUCAAGUUCGGAAAUCUGCACACGUGGCAGGUGCACGUGUGGCAGGUGGGUACGACGAGGAUGAGGAUGAUGAUGAUUGGACUGGUGGAAGUGCGACACGCAAUAUAAAUUUUAGUGGCCGCAGGAGUAGCCUUAGAAGCUCUAGGCAAUAUUGAUAUUGAUUGAUGUAAGUACAUGAUAGAUAGGCUAACUUGUACAUUAAAUAGGAAGAAGAAAAAAAAUACAGUAUAGGAUGAGAGCCAACAGAAUAGGGGUUAAGGAAACAGAAUGUAGGGAAGCAAGGGCAUGGAAUACUCCUUGCCUUUCUUAGAUGACAAUGAUUUUUGUCUGUUUCCUUCUGUAAUAUGGUUUAGCUGUCUAAAUAAUAUAGUGGCUGCAUUUUUUUGUUGAUGAAAAAUUUAGCUAUCUAAAUAGCAAAUUUGAUUGGUUUUUACCCCCAUA